AUGAAGAUUGUGCCAUCUGAAUCGACCUCUUGGAGCAAAAGUACAUCUAAAAACAAUGACAGUAAAAAUGAUUCAAAGAAACAAAAAAAGAAAUUGAGGAAACAUUUAUAUAUAUCAUCGAGAAAGAAAGGGACGACAAAGGUCAUCGUUGUUGUUGUUGUUGUUGGAUGUAUCAUAGAAGCAACAAAGUCUGAUGAAUUGCAAUUGGCUGAUAUGACGCGAAAUUUAAACUUCACAUGCAUAACCGCAUUUGAGCUGUUUUCAAUUAGGCUAACACUACCUGUCUCGCUUAAAUUUUUAACAGCUAUCGGCUGUCUCGUUGUCGGUUGUCAGUUGUCAGUUGUCAGUUGCCAGUUGCCACCAUCCACAAAAUCAUUUGUACCACCAAAAACGCCUUCGCUUAGGAACAGUGGAAAAGAAUGCAUAAUAGAGAAUCGAUUUGAACUGGGUUGGAGCAGGAGCGGCAAAGUCGCACAAUGUCCGCUUAGGUGUCUCAGAAGUACCAAAAGCGCUAGGCAAACUGACAAAGCAAUAUUUAAU